CUUUUGAUAAUAAACUAAUUUAAAGGUUAACCAUGUGACAUAAACACAAGCAGGAAAAUGCCUCAGCAUCGAAAUUCCCAGUGAUAAUUUGGACAAUGAAACAUGUCUUAGGCACCCUAAUAUUUUUAUUGUGCUGCAUCACAUUUGACGCGCAAAGACGGUCAUGUUCCAGCCCGAUUUACUGCGAGGGAGAACUUCUGCACCUCAUUCAAAAAUCGAAGAUCUUCAACGAUUCCAAAACGUUCGUAGAUAUGGCUAUGAAAAACCCGGUAAAUAAAACGCUCGAAAAUUUCGAUUUAUUUAUGCGUAAGACCGACUCGAAGCCGACCGUUAACGAGAUCAACAUGUUCGUUCAGGAAAACUUUCAAAUGGUGGGAGAGAUGGAGGAUUUUUAUCCUAGAGACUGGAGAGCCGAACCUAGGAUAGUGAAAGAAAUAGAGGAUCCUAAGGUUAGGAAUUUCUUAAAAACAUUAAUAUCAAUAUGGCCCCAGCUUUGUAGGAAAAUAUCGCAGUACGUCUUCGAUCAGCCUGAAAGGUUUUCACUGAUUCCAGUUAGAAACGCUUUUAUAAUCCCUGGAGGAAGAUUUAAAGAAUUUUAUUAUUGGGACUCCUACUGGAUCCUCAAGGGCUUACUGCUUACUGACAUGAAAGAAACCGCCAAGGGUGUUAUAGACAAUUUUCUGUUCAUGGUAAGCACUUAUGGUUUUAUCCCAAAUGGGGGCAGGGUUUACUAUUUAAAUCGCUCACAGCCCCCUGUCCUCACACUUAUGAUGAAAGACUACAUUAAAUAUACGAAAGACUUUGAAUUCCUAAGGCAAAACAUUCACGUUCUAGAACAGGAGUUGCAGUUUUGGCUUAAAAAAAGAGUGGUGAAAUUGAACUUGAACGGUGAAAUAUAUCAGUUGGCCCAUUUCGAUUCUGAAAGUAACACACCCAGACCAGAAUCGUACUUGGAAGACUUGAAAACGUGCUCUGUUUAUAACACGACAGAGGCUAUUCAGGAGUGCUACACUGAUUUAAAAAGCGGUGCCGAGAGUGGAUGGGAUUUUUCGUCGCGAUGGAUUUUUGACGAAAAAGGCGAGCCCUCUGAUGAUUUAUCAAAAAUUCAUACACGCAGAAAUAUCCCUGUGGACCUUAACAGCUUUUUAUACAAGUCAUUUAAAAUAAUGCAGAAUUUUUAUCAAAUAUUGCGGCAACCCACAGACGCGAAGUACUGGCAAGAGGUGGCAGAAAUGUGGCAAUACAACAUCGAGAGGGUAUUAUAUUCCCCCGAUGACGGAAUAUGGUUCGAUUACGAUAUAAAACUGAACCGUCCCAGAAAGUACUUUGCCGCCAGUAAUUUUGCUCCAUUAUGGGCCGAAGCAAUGGACGAAGAGGUAAAAAAAGAACGGGGAAGUAACGCUGUCCAGUAUUUAAAAAAGUACGGAAUCUUAGACUACCACGGUAUCCCAUCCACACUCUUUAACACGGGAUUACAAUGGGAUUUUCCGAACGUCUGGUCUCCGUAUCAAAAUAUUAUUAUUUUUGGAUUAGAGCAAACGGGUGAUGAGGAAGCUCAAGAGGUGGCCAGAGUAUUGGCAUUAAGGUGGGUCCAGUCCAACAUCAAAGCGUAUGACGAGAACAAGGUGAUGUUUGAGAAAUAUAGCGCGAAGGUUAGCGGUGCGUUUGGUGGGGGCGGAGAAUACCACAUCCAAUCAGGAUUUGGGUGGACCAAUGGCGCUAUAAUGGAAAUUAUCGAUUCCUAUUUUAGAGUCAAGAGUAGGAAGUAUAUUGCUGCAACUGAUUAGAUGGCGUCCUUGAAUAUUUAUUGAUAACGUAUUGUUCUAAAUAAAGUGAAAGUUUUUUUUCUGUUGUA